UUAGCUGCUGUCAAAGCGCGCGGCCCGGGCACGCUCCGGUAACUUUUCCCCACUACAGCUUCAACCAAAGUAAGCUCAAACAAGCGGUUUCCAUUCUUGUCUGCGCUCGUGGAUGACAGAGGGGGGAGAAAAAAGAGGAAGAAAAAAAGAGGUGAAAACGGAGGAAGUGCGGGAGCAGGUUUACCUCUGAGCGGAUUUCAUCCCCUCUCUCUGCUUCUUUCACUCUUCAUCCAUCUCUCCCUCGGAGGUUUAGCUGCUGCGCGCGCGGGCCAGCCUGAAUGUUUCUUCGUGUUUGACUGGUGUCCCACAAAGACGAGGUGAAUGUACAGCAUCAUGAUGGAAACGGACUUACAUUCCCCCGUGGUGCCCCAGACCAACCCGUCCAACCCGGGGGGACACGCGGGAGGCGGAGGCGGGGGGGCCGGAGGCAAAGUCCCACAGGAGAGGAUCAAGAGACCCAUGAACGCCUUCAUGGUGUGGUCCCGGGGUCAGCGAAGGAAAAUGGCACAGGAGAACCCCAAGAUGCACAACUCGGAGAUCAGCAAGCGGCUCGGCGCCGAGUGGAAAGUGAUGACGGAGGCGGAGAAGAGGCCGUUCAUCGACGAGGCGAAGCGGCUCCGGGCCAUGCACAUGAAGGAACACCCGGACUACAAGUACCGGCCGCGGAGAAAGACCAAGACGCUGCUGAAGAAGGACAAAUACUCGCUGGCCGGCGGGCUCCUCGGCUCCUCAGCGGCUGUGGGGAUGGGCGGCGGGCAGCGGCUGGAGAGCCCCGGAGGGGGGCACGCGGGGCCAAACGCAGGCUACGCCACGCACGUGAACGGCUGGGCCAACGGCGCGUACUCGGGCCAGGUGGCGGCGGCAGCGGCGGCGGCUCACGCCAUGAUGCAGGAGGCGCAGCUGGCGUACACGCAACACCCGGGCACCGGGGCUCACCCGCACCACCCGCACCAUCACCCGCACCACCACCCGCACAACCCGCAGCCCGUGCACAGGUACGACAUGAGCGCCUUAUCUUACAGCCCCAUCUCAAACUCUCAGAGCUACAUGAGCGCGUCUCCGCCGGGCUACGGUGGCAUCACCGGCUACACCCACCAGCACCAAAGCUCCGGCGUGUCUCCGGUGUCCGGGGCCAUCGGCGGCACUUUGGGGUCUCUCGUGAAAUCUGAGCCGAGCGUGAGCCCGCCGGUGUCCACCGCGCGCGCACCGCCGCCGUGCCCCACGGGGGACCUGCGGGACAUGAUCAGCAUGUAUCUGCCGACCGGUGAGGUGGCGGGGGACUCCUCCGUUCAGAGCAGACUGCACGUGCUCCACCCGCAGCACUACCAGAGCAGCGGCUCCACUCCGGUAAACGGGACGGUUCCUCUGACCCACAUUUAAACUCCCCCACAUGUCCUGCAAGCACCACAAACCACAACCAAAUAUUUACACUCUAGAUGUGGGCACGAGCUGCUGAUGAAUUGUAAAUUAUAGGCGGUUAUAGCCAUAAAAAUGCAAUCACUUUGAACAAACUUUUUUUUAUCGUUAUUAUAUUUUUUUCUUUCAGUGAUGGAUUCUUCUGUCUGUCCGAGUUUAAAGGAAAGCGCACACGGUUCACUAUCGCUCUCUGGAACAGAGCAUGCCAAGUGGUUUUUUUUGUUUUGUUUUUUAUUUUUUUCACACGAUUUAAAUUAUAAUCCGUGAAGUGCUGGUGCGAUUUGAAGGUUAUUUUUUUCCCGACUUUUCUGUGGAAUUAAAGGCACCAGCGGUGUGUUUAAGGGAUCCAUAAAAGCUGUCCGAAAAAUGAGCGGAGGGCGGGAAUGGAAGAUGUGUUGGAGAAGAAGACUAAGGAGAGAAAAAAAGUUUCUAGGCUGCAGUUUUUAAAAAUGAUUUCCAGUUUUAAUGCUUGUAAACAUGUGAGUCAGUCGGUGUAAUUUGAAUUUUGUUUUUGUUGUUGUAAAAUCUUGUAAAUUGUGAAUAAAUAGGCCUACUGAAAACGCUUUUAUGCAAUUGUACAUAAUUUAUAAAAAUGCGCAAUUUCUUUUUCUUUUGAGGGAGGGGCGGGGUUAAAGAGGAAACGAAUAUGCGCCGAGUUUAAU